AACACGCCCAAGUAAGCUGUACAACAUGUAUGCUACGCAGAACGAGGUACACAGGGUACACAGGAUUUCGUACCUCAACAACCGGCCGGCCGUGUGACGAGGCUCGAUUCUUUCUUAGCCCAGCACCGUUCGGCUCAUUCAGCUCCCAAGUGCUUCUUCCUGCAGCCAUCUUUAUCAGAUUUCUGGGGGAACCAAACUGUCGCUGCCCAGAUUUCAGAUCUGGCCUUUGAUUAGUAUCGUACCUCAACAACCGGCCGGCCGUGUGACGUGAACGAGGCUCGAUUCCUUCUUAGCCCAGCACCGUUCGGCUCAUUCAGCUCCCAAGUGCGUUCACGAACCAUUGCUUCUUCCUGCAGCCAUCUUCAUCAGGUAACAGCUUCCUUUAUCAUUUUCUACAAGAAAAUUAAGGUAGUAACAUGGACACCGCACACGUCACGCCAAAGCCUAUGUCGCUUCAUUUAUUACAAGAACUUACAAAUGGUUUCUCUCGGGACCGGAAACUUGGUGGCGGCACGUAUGGAGAUGUUUACCUGGGAGAGCAUAAAAAUGGAGAAAAGAUUGCUGUGAAGGUGCUUAAAGAAGGGUUGGACCUUGACGAUGAGGCAUUUAAGAAGGAGUAUCACAACCUUGCAAAUCUUCACCACAAAAAUGUUGUCCGGUUAGUUGGAUAUUGCCACGAAACUAAGGAAGAAAUUCUACGGUACAAUGGAAGGGUGGUUGUUGCUGAUACCAUUAAAAGGAUGCUUUGCUUCGAUUAUAUGCACAAUGGAAGCCUUGAUAGUUUUAUUUAUGAUGAAUUUAAUGACCGUAAUUGGUGUACACGCUAUGCAAUAAUUAAGGGAAUAUGCGAGGGCUUGGAAUACCUUCAUGAGAAAUUAAAACCUCCUAUGUAUCAUUUAGAUUUAAAACCAGCCAAUAUAUUACUGGACGAGAACAUGUCAGCAAAAAUCGCAGAUUUCGGCGUGUCAAGGCUAUUCUUAGAAGAAAAGACAAGAAAGACAAACAGUGCUCUAGGAACACUUGGGUACAUACCACCAGAGUACAUAAACGAAGGUUUGAUCUCAAUUAAGUUUGAUAUAUUCAGUUUGGGUGUCGUGAUCAUAAAGAUAAUGACCGGACGAGAGGGCUACUUCAGAAUUGCUGAAAUGUCUUCCCAACAAUUCAUUGAGCUCGUACAUAUGGACUGGAUGAAUAGGCUACAACCGAUAUCAGUGCACGUAUAUUCUGGACAAGUAAGGAGAUGCAUCGAAAUAGCUUUAAAUUGUGUGGAGGCUGGCCGACACAAAAGGCCAAGUAUUGGGUUAAUCGUCAGUGCUUUUAAUAAGACGGAAUCUUGUGUCCAGAUCCUUGAUGCGUUAAGAAAUGACUCAGCCUCAUCGAUCAACCAGGCCACGGAAACACAUGGAGGGAAGAGCAGAUCGACCGCAGGAGAGCUUGGGAGGCGAUGUCCGGCGGCUGCUUACCGUCAGCGUGUCCGGCGGCUGCUUCCAGCGAUGGAUAGCAGUGGCUUCGAGGCGGCACAUAUGAUCGUGCGAGACUGCGAGGGGACGUGUGGCGUAUGCGUGAGAGAUUGGAUGCAGGAUUAGCGGGAGGUGGAACAUAUUAGGGAAAAAAAACCGUGCGUAAUUG